AAGCUCUAUGGUUCUAACGGGGUCAGCGGUUCACAAGCGUAGAAAACCUCAUACACGCCUGGAAUAAUUUACAGUUGAACAAUAAUUAAAUAUGAAACCCGUGUUUGACUAACAGCACACUGUCCGUCAAAGAUUUCAACGGGAACCUAACAUUUUGUAGACGUAUGCACCCGAGGUUGAAUUUAUGAGGGAGGCAGUGGAGGAUUCUCCCGAAGAUGAGGCGGCUGUCCCGGAAGAAAGCUCUCAACCUGGUGAAGGAACUAGACGCUUUCCCAAAGGUUCCCGAAAGCUACGUAGAAACUACAGCGAGUGGAGGAACUGUGUCUCUCAUCGCCUUCACUGCGAUGGCACUCCUGGCCUUUUUUGAGUUCUUUGUGUACCAAGACACCUGGAUGAGGUACCAGUAUGAGGUAGACAAGGACUUUUCCAGUAAAUUAAGAAUUAAUAUAGAUAUAACAGUUGCUAUGAGAUGUCAGCACAUCGGUGCGGAUGUGCUGGAUCUGGCUGAGACCAUGGUAGCAUCAGACGGCCUGGAGUAUGAACCGGUCAUUUUUGAGCUCUCUCCCCAGCAAAGACUAUGGCACAGGACCCUCCUCCUGAUCCAGGACAGGCUGCGAGAGGAGCACUCUCUGCAGGACGUCCUGUUCAAGAGCAUUCUGAAGGGGUCCCCAACAGCCUUGCCCCCACGGGAGGACACACCCACCCAGCCUCUCUCUGCCUGUCGGAUACACGGGCACCUCUACGUCAACAAAGUAGCUGGAAAUUUCCACAUCACAGUGGGCAAAGCUAUCCCUCAUCCUCGAGGCCACGCCCACCUCGCUGCUCUCGUCAGCCACGAAACGUACAACUUCUCCCAUCGGAUAGACCAUCUGUCUUUCGGAGAGGAAGUCCCGGGAAUCUUAAACCCGCUGGACGGCACGGAGAAAAUCUGCGCCGACCAUAAUCAGAUGUUCCAGUAUUUCAUCACUGUGGUGCCCACAAAACUGCACACCUACAAGAUCUCAGCCGACACACACCAAUACUCUGUCACAGAGCGGGAGCGUGUGAUCAACCAUGCUGCUGGUAGUCAUGGCGUUUCGGGGAUCUUCAUGAAGUAUGACAUCAGCUCUCUGAUGGUGACGGUAACCGAGCAACACAUGCCGUUCUGGCAGUUCCUGGUGCGGCUCUGCGGAAUCGUCGGGGGAAUCUUCUCUACCACAGGUAUGCUCCAUGGGUUUGUGGGGUUUUGUGUGGACAUCUUCUGCUGCCGCUUCAAACUGGGAGUUUACAGACCCAAAGAGGUGAGCAUCUCGGAUGGCCUGGUAAAUAACCACACCCCUUUACUGUCGGAGAACAGUGCACACUAACUGGACCCUGGGGGGGCGGGGUCACCAGGCCGCCCCCUGUCCUAAGACAGACCCCCCCCCCCCCCCCGCACAGCGGAAUGUGUUUUAGCCCCACCAGCUGAUCCAGCCCUUUUCUACACACUGAACAUUUCUUAUACAAACAGACGGGAGCGAACCACUGGCCAAAAACGGGGGAGUUCUAAGAGAGGAGGGGCCUAAAAUGGAGAAUGACUGGAAUGGCCUGCCUGUGAAAUCAAGCCGUGGCCUGAACUGGUCGCGGCGAUUCCCCCCCCCCCCCCCCCCCCCAUGUCUUUAUUAUUGUUAUUAAUUUGUGCUUUUGUCGCCAUGGAGACCCUCAGCACCGAGUGAAAUGUUCCAGAGCAUUGGAGAGAGGGGAAGAAAAAAAAACCUGUCAGAACCUGCCCUACACCUGCGCACCUGCCCUACACCUGCGCACCUGUCAGAACCUGCCCUACACCUGCGCACCUGUCCUACACCUGUACAGACCCUGUGCACCUUUGUGCUUUUGCCCUGGAUAGAUGCGGACACAGGAUUUUCUGAGAUGAAUCCUGAUCUUGAUGUUUUUCUCUAUGUGUUGGGUUGGAUUGAAAACAAUUAUUUUUUUGAAACUGUGCUGGUCUAUUAUGUCUAAUGACUUUGGGUUUAUAUUGACAUUUUAAAGAAGUGGUUUCACUGUCCUUUCAGGAAGACCACCUGUGAUGAGGGGGGGUAUCUGUGUUUUACAGUUGGGGAGUUUGGAGGUGGAGGUGGGGGUGGGGGUGGGGUGGGAUGGGAGGGGGGGAUUGUACACAUUUAGGAAAUCGUGUUGAACUGACUCCAGCAGUUUUUGGUGAGAUUGUGAAACAUCUUGUGCAAGAACUUUAAGUACACUAUAUUUCCAGCUGUAUUCUGUACUUCAGCAUUGGGCUCUCAUUGAGUCACAUAGGAAGAUUUCUGAUUGGUCAUCAGCUUUGGGGGGAAAUCUGCAUUGGUCACCUGUGAUCUGCAGACUCUCAUGGGCUAUUAUAGUGUCUUUGUCAUGGAGACGCUCAAUCCCAUAUUAUUAUUUGUUACGGUUAAUGUUAAUCGGGUGGUGUGGAGAACAAUUCAAAUUGUUAUUAAAUACAUGGAUGGACAACAAAUGCUUUUUUUGUAUGUCACUCUAGAUCAUUUUGUUUGCAUAUUUAAGGGUAGAUCUAGUCUGCGGUCUGGUAAAACAUAAUUUAAAUGAUAUGGGAUUAAAUGCUUUGAAAUGUUUGAUAUGUGA